UCGCCUUGCCAUCCUCGAUGUCAUGUGGUCACAUGUUUGAUUUAAAUGGUGAUCGUUGUUACUUUAAAUCCGUUACUGAAUCAUACUGAAUUUCCGCGUGUCGUGGUGCAUCGUGGUGUCGACUAACGUAAUUUAGUAACUCGAGUGUACGUGAAACUCGAGUAAAGAUGAAGAGAACUAAGCUCAGAGCUGAAAAUACGUUGUCCCGUGGCUUAAAAAACUCCAGCACGCAGACUGAUAAUUUUGAUAGUCAGAUAGAGAUUGCUAAAUUGGAGGAGCAAAUAAGAUUACUGCAACUCGAGGUUAAUGUUCUAAGAAGACACUCAGAAUUAAACAAGCCUAAUAAUGUUGAAAAUCAUAGAUCCGUUUCUUUGACUCCAAAUGCAACGUCAAAAAUUAAUAUGGAAAAAAAACUUUGUAAUUGCAAAGGAAACUGUUCUUCACGCAUCUGUGGCUGCGUGAAGAAGAAUCACAGUUGCAAUCCAUCAUGUAAAUGCGAUGGAAAACUGUGCCAAAAUCAGAAAUCGGAAGAUAAGCAAGAAAAUAAAGAAAAUAUUAAUGUAACUAAUGUAACUCUUAGAAAUCAAAGGAAAAAAAACGAAGAUGUAAGAAAUAGAAAUAAGAGACUGAUCAGUACAGAUACGACAGACAACUACGAAAUCUUUGAAGAAGAACUCGAGAUUAAGGAGCAGGACGAAAAAGAAGAGAAUAUUCCAAAGCAACAAGAAUUAGCAGAACGGGUAUUUAAACCGAGACAUCAAUUAUCACGAACACCACCAAAAAAUCUUGAGAAAUUACUUGAAAAAUCGGGACAUCAUUUAUCGCCACUAGCGAAUCUUAAAAAACUUGAAGAACCAAGCUGUUCAUUAUCAGGAAUAACAAAGAAUCUUGAAAAACAAUUUGAAAAACCGAUAUUUCAAGUAACCAAUACUUCGCAAACAUUAUCAAGAAACCUUCAGGAACCAUCUGAGAAACCAAGAAGUCAAUUAUUAAAUGUCGAGAGUAUUCCAUCACAUUCUAAAUCGAUUCAAGAAAUGAUGAAUAAAUCUCCUUUUGAAUUUAAAGAUAUUAAAGAAGAAACGGUUGAAUGGCAAGAGCAUACUGCGCAAUUAAUUGCUUGCCAAAAAUGCAAAAGAACUUUUCUGCCUGAUCGAAUUAAGAAGCAUGAAGCUUGUUGUAAAAAAAUUUAAAUAUUGGUGAAACGACUUUUUUUAACUUUAUGUUACUUUGCUUUUGAUUUUAUUUUUCUGAUAAUAUAUGGUACGCUAAAUUUAGUAUUAUUUUAAAUGGAAUGAAAUUAUAUACCUAAUAAAUAUUGUAAAUAUUAUAGAUUGUUAUAAGUUGAUCGUUUUUCUAAUAUUUCUAGUUCUUUGUACAAAAAUACAUUUUAUACUAAUAUUAUUUAGAACGAAUCGCAUUUUAAACAAGAAAUUAUUUAAUUUAUAAGAAAUAUGUAAGUGUCAUAGUGAUAUUAAUAUUUAACAGAAAUACAGUUUUAGGAAUAUGCACUAUAUUGUAGAUAUGUAGAUAAUAAAAUACCACACACAUUGUGUGAUAAUAAUAAUAA